UGCGAAUCAUAUGUUCCUAAGUUUUGAAUUAAUUCAACUUGAGAAUGUGUUUACGAUUUUAUUAGCCCCAGGGCUAAUAAUAAAAAAGUUAAAUGAAAUAGCCUCUCUAGGAUACGGAUUUGCAAUGGAGUUUACUUUUGAACAACAUAUAUGCGUGUUACCGCUUGAAUUAAUUGAAGACAACACUUUUCAAAAGUGCUUGUUGCCCAAUGAAAUUUUUAAGAAGAGUGGUAUACACCCAGGAUCAUGGAUGAAAUGUAUGGUUAAAGGAGUUGGUUACAACAAGUGUUAUAUAUGCCAAGUUUAUCCGCGUGAUAUAGACAGGAAAAGUUGUUACAUAGACUACGCUGUCGGUUCUGCUCCUUUUGCUGAACUCCCAGAGACAUUAUACAAACUAGAGGCGGUUGAUACCUAUCAACAGCGAGUGAAUUCUGUUAAUAUUACUUUGGAAAUUACAGAAACCUUUUUUAAAAGCCGUCUGCGAAAGUAUGAUCUUAGCAUGUUGAAUGCAACCACGAAACAGAUAAUGGCGCAACACUAUUUGUCAGUAGGAUGUGCUGUUCGCACCAAAACAGCGGAGAGUUUUGGAAUAACUGCUAUAAAUAUAGAUGAGUGUUCUGAACUCAACAAAGAUUAUAUUUUCCAGUUGGAAAGUCAAACAAAGGUACUCAUUUGGAAUUUUAUAGUAAAACACCGAACGGUUAUAACUAACGAAACACCAUUUUUCAAACAUGGAUAUGAAUUUGUAUGGAACGAGCUGAAAGAUUUAUUAACCAGUGCAAAACUUAAAGAGAUUCAAAGCAAAUGUAAAAGCAUCCGGCCACAUUUGAAUGCGCUACUAAUUGGACCACCGGGUUGUGGGAAAACAUUAUUGAUAAAAGCCUUUAUGGAAGAAUUUAAUUGCAAUUGCUUUCAUAUUUCGACGGACAAUGUAUUACAUGAAUAUCCUGGGGAGGCUGAAGCCCAACUUCGAAAAGUAUUCGAAAAUGCCAUACAUUUGACUAUAAAACUUAAGUCCAAAAAUACAACGGUAAUUAUUUUUGAAAAUAUAGACCACCUCUGCCCUGCUUCAAACAACAUCUCUACUGUGGAUUCAGUCAAUUCGAAUCGUAUAUGCGUGCAAUUGUUUAAAUUAUUAGAUGACUUACAUAAUUCACCUACUGACAUUUUCUGUAUUGCCACUACGUCAAAUCCAAGUGCCAUUAGUGAUGGUUUACGUCGUCCUGGACGUUUUCAACAUGAAAUAGUUAUCGACUGGCCAAAUGAACAAAUCCGCAGACGAAUAUUUAGUUCAAUGUUUGAAAGCAACCAAGACAAACCAUUCCGCAAGGAAAAGCAUAUAAAGAAGGAACUACUCGAGUUAGUCGCAAAACGAACGCAAGGUUUUGUAGCCGGAGAUAUAGCAUUGCUAGUGCAAAAUAUAGAGCAAGCUCUAUUAAGGCAAGGAGACGAAAUCGCUAUGGAAGUUUUGGUGAAAACUGCUCUGACUACGGUAAGACCAGCUUCAGUGCAUGGUGCUGAUGUACAGGUAUUCAAAUUUGUUGAUGGUUUCGAAACAAUAGGUGGCAUGGAUAAUUUAAAGCGUACUAUGGAAGUUAGUAUUUUAGCAGGUCUCCGUAGACAACAAAAAUUUAAAUAUUUCGGACUUCAACUGCCAAAAGGGCUAUUGCUUUAUGGUCCACCCGGCUGCGCUAAAACGACCUUCGCGAAAUGUCUUGCUAAAGAAGCCAAUAUGACAUUUAUUUCCAUUUCUACUGCGGAUGUCUACUCACCAUAUGUGGGCGCGGCAGAAAAGUUUAUAUCGCGUAUUUUCGACACAGCAAGGAAAAAUACACCCUGUUUAGUAUUUUUCGAUGAAAUCGAUACCAUGGCCGGCCGACGACCCAUCAACUCGAGCAGUUCAAGUGAUGUGCAUGUUCGUAUUCUUUCGACCUUAUUAACAGAAAUGGAUGGCGUUAUAGACAAUUCAGAUGACAAUAACCAACAUAUACUUGUUGUUGCCGCAAGUAAUCGACCGGAUAUGAUUGACGACGCGUUAUUACGACCUGGUCGUUUGAGUAAACACAUUUACGUUCCAGCUCCAGACUUGCAAUCGCGUAUAUCCCUUCUACAAUUAAUUGGCAAACGUAUGCCUUUUGAUGGCGAUGUAAAUAUUUACGGGAUAGCUAACGCAACUGAGCUUUAUACAGGCGCUGAUAUAUGUAAUCUCUGUAAUGAAGCCGCAUUGUUGGCUUUUGAAAGGCUGAGUGUGGAGAGUAAUGAAGAUGAAAAUAAAAUUAAAGCGAGCGAUUUUGAGAUUGCUUUGCGGAAUUCAAAAUCUUCAUUAUCAACAAAUCAGUUGAGUUUAUAUGCGAAAUUUCAGAAGAAAAUUGAACGGAAUGAAAAGUGAUUACAGCACGUUCGGAAUAAACUUGAUUAGAAAUUUGAAAAGGUUCUAGGCUUUUUUCCGUAUAUAAAAUUUUUGGUAUUUAAACUAGAACAUUUUAAUAUUA